AAGAAUACUCCCGCGCGUUUUGAAAGCAAUGCAGCCACAUAAGAUUUACAUUAAUACCUCUCCAAAAAUCGUUUCUAUAAUAACCCGUGACUGCUUGAAAACUGAUCAUAGUUUCCAUAAUAUUCAUAUCACGAGAGGAAACCCUAGGUAGGUAGGUAGGUAGGUUAAAAGAGAAGCUUAUUAAUUAGCGGCCGGGGUCUCUCUCUCUCUCUAUAGGGUAGUAGCCACUCAUAUCGUCAAUGGAUGAGCUGAAGAGUCUAGAGAAAAACAAAGGUAAACACAACAAGCCGAAGCCAUGGGACGUUGACCCAGACAUGGACCGUUGUUUGGACCGUUGGGAACUCGAGAAGAAGUUCGAUCCGUCAUGGAACCCGACUGGUAUGCUCGAAGUCAGCUCCUUCUCCAGAGUGUAUCCUAAACGCAGAGAGAAGCAUAUUCUCAAGUGUUGGCACAGAGUCAAAUCAGCUCUCAAGGAACACGGCGUCUCCUGCAAGCUCAACCUCGUUGAACGUUACAUGACUGUUUCAACCACUAAGAAGACAAGAGAUCCGUACAUCAUUGUCAAGGCUAGAGACUUGCUUAGGCUUCUCGCGAGAAGUGUCCCUUCUCGUCAGGCAAUUAAGAUUCUCGAAGACGACAUGGCUUAUGAUAUCAUCAAUAUCGGAGUUUUUUGCCUCGAACAGAUGUAUACUUUCCAGCUGUCACAUGAUUGAUAAAAGUACAGCAGACACGGUUAUAUAUGUGUAAAAUUUAGUAAGACUUU